GACUGAGAUGGAGACCAGCCAAGUGAUGAAGUCUCUAACCAGUACUCAGGACUACUGGCAGGUGGACAGGAUCAACAGUGAACUGAAGAUGCAUACUCUGCAGGAGGAGUUGGAGAGGAUGACUCUGGAGAAGAACCGACUGCAGGAACACUGUGGGGAUUCUUCUGGAACUGACUGUGACCAGAAUCACGUGGAGUCCAACCCCAGCGAUAAGGCAGUGCUACAGUCCUAUGAGGCCCUGGCCACUGAGAUCUCCUCUCUACACUCAGUGUUGCAACAACAGUCUGACCUGGUGAAGAAGCUAGCAACUUACAGACGAGCUGCACCAACUGUCCCUGUUCAGUGCCUGGACGAUGUGGAGAAGAACCUGAACCAUCGAACAGUCCGUAUGACCGAGCCCCGAGCCCCCUGUCCCCUCCAGCUCUGGCCGGCCCUGCCUUCCCCCGUGGGCCCUCCGGCUCUGGAGGGUCUCAGGGAGGACUACUGGCCAAACGGUCCCUGGUCCAGCCACUACCCUGGAGCCUUGGGCCUGGACAGUACGAGCCCUGUCCUCCUGCCUCCUCCUCCUCUCAACCAGGCCUCUCUAGAUGACUCCUCCUGGUCCUUCCCCUCCCCGCCCAAACCCAGCGACGCCCUCUUCUGGGAGGGCCAGAGGCAGGGUCUGAGCCAGGGCAGCCCCAUCCACUCCUCCAGGGGUAGUACCCCCAUGAGCCCUAAUGGAGACUGGGCCAAGCCCCCACCCUACUGAGGUGGAGAACCCCCUGGCUCUAAGGCUGCCCUGCCGUGCAACACCAAACCUGCCUUAAGAUGAGGAGACAACUCCUAUGGACUCUCCAGCCUGGGGAACUUGCUCCAGGAUGAUUCAACUAGCCACAGAGCAAACCACGGGAGAAGCUUCUGAUGGGCUACCCUCUGACCCGGCCCAGACACACGGAUGACUCCCCUCUGACCCAGCCCAGACACACGGAUGACUCCCCUCUGACCCGGCCCAGACACACG